CAACGGUUCCAAGCCUCGCGCCUCUGCAUGGGCUGCUCUACCGUGCAUGGCUAGAUACCCCGAGAUCGUCGUCACGCGUCCUCGCUCCCCAGCGGUUCCAUCACUACCAAUUCCUAGUCACUGCACACUCUGAGUCGCAUCCGAGUGGGCGCGCACUCCCGCCAGAGCAAGCCUCGCCGUCCGCGCACCCCCUGCCUGUCUCCACUGCCAUAGGCCUUAAUUUGAACCUACAUCUCACGCCUUGCUGAGGGCGUGCUUUCUUCUUCCUACCGUCCAGUUCGCUAUCAACUUGAUCACUUGCAGCCAGAGAAUGCUUCUGGUCCACCGCCCUGUAGCGUCGCCAUGUCCACCGAAGUUUCCCAGUCACUGGCCGCAAUGGCAAGGCCACAGAUUGGCAUCGACCGACUACCCGCCCGCCGCGUCUCCAACGAGCCCCGCGAGGCCAUGAACUGCAAAAGCUGUCGAAAGCGAAAGAUUAAGUGCAAUCGCACACGGCCGACCUGUGAGGCCUGUCAAGUGUUCAACUGUCCAUGUAUAUACGACGCUGUUCCCAAGAAGAGAGGCCCAAAGACAGACGUGCUCGAGGCCCUCUUGAAACGUGUCGACGGCCUGGAAAAGCGCCUGGUUUCCGAAGGCAAGAGCGAUGACCCAACCGAGACCGACCCCACCUCCCAGGACAACACCACCUCAGCCGACGUCAAACGAAAAGAUCUCGCUUCCUCACAAUCGCCGCACGCGUCCUCGCCCCGUCGCGCAAGCGGCACCAACCAUGCAAACCAGUUGAUGUCGCCCAUUGAGCCAAGUAUACAAUCCCCAACCCUGGCUCCCGACCUACUUCUAGACACCUAUUUCGCCAGAAUCCAUGGAAAGCCCUACUACAUCCUGGACGAGUCGACCACGAGACAGCGACUACAGGCCAAUCAGCUUCCCGGCCACUUAGCCUAUGCUAUUUACGCCGUGAGUGCCAGAUAUGCACCCCACUUCGGAGGAUACAGUUCUGCAGUGCGCAUCGGGCAAGAGUAUGCCCGUCGCGCUCGGCUGGAACUCGAGAUAGAUGAGCCCUCUAUCGAAACCUUGCAGACCCUCAUGCUCCUCUCGCAAGCAAGCUUCCAGUUGGGCAAAGGCAAGAAGACCUUCAUGCUGCUAAAUUCUGCCAUCAGCAUGGCCUUCGCGCUCGAUCUGCAUCGCGAACUACCGACCGGCCUCAAGGUCACGCCCGCCGAACGCGAAGGACGACGCCGGCUCUUCUGGUCAUGUUACCUCAUGGACCGCUUCGCUGCAACCGGCUCUAAGCGACCCUCGUUAAUUGCGGAUGAAUCGAUUGUGCUACGAUUGCCGAGCUGGCAGCUGCACUCUGGCGCAAUGCUAAUAGACGGAGACUACUUUCCAAACGGAUGCAAUUUGCAGUUCAUGGGCGGCACCGGAAAAGGUGGACAAGGAAGCAUGGGUAUGCUCAUUGGCAUAGCUCGCAUCCUGGGUAUAACCAACCGCUACCUUGCAGCGGGUGGUGUAAAAGGCGAUUCACAUUUCCCUUGGCACUCAUUAUCCAACCUAUCCAAAAUUCGCCAAGAACUCGACAUAUGGGCAUCGGAGACGCAGGAUACUUUCACCUCCAUCGAAGCUCUCUUCGGCCAGCCCGACAGCACUAUACUUGUCCUCAGCAAGUUGAUCUACCACCUCAUACAUUGCCUCAUAUACCGGCCUUUUCUCCCUGUGGACUUGGCUGAGCUAUCUGGAACGUCGCAGCACCAACCCUGGCAAAUAGAAGCGACCAACUUAUGCUUCCUUCACGCCAACGCAAUUGCCGAACUCGCCGAGAUAGGAAGGGCCUCUUCCAUCAUAGAUUGGCCAGCUUUUGUCGGCUAUUGUAUAUGCACGGCUGGCACCAUCCAUGUACAUGGAGCACAUUACCCAGGAAGAGAAGGAGAGGUGUUCUCGGUCAGUGCAGAGUUUCUGUCUCGAGAGAUGCAGCAGCUAUCCGAGCUUCGUUUCGUCUGGGCUGGGGCCCAGCACCAGCGUGACACGCUGCAGACCAUCUACGGAUGUCACACAGAGCUAGUCCAGUCGUUGGCGAGCAAUCCCAUGCGCUACGCGCCAGUCUUUCAACUUGAGGACUUCUUCGAUAGAUACCCAGGCCAGGUCUUCGAUGGAGCGCACGUUACUUUUAUGGACAUUGCGGUCGAAUCCAUUCAAGAAGGCCUUGCCACUUUCAAUAUCGAACAACGGAACAACAUGUACAUGACCAGCGGCGUCAUCGGGAACGCUCAAAGCUACCAAAAGCAUUCCGCACCCUCACAACAACCGCAAUAUUCCAACGCCCACCCGAACAAGAGAAGGAGAGCCACGACUUCGUCUUCGAAACCCCAAGCCCAGCCACAAGCUAUCCCCCCAACACCUACAUCAGCCACUCACCCUCCUACUGUUCAUACUCACCGACCGUCUGAUGCUGGUACCUCGGAGUCAAACUCAAACCCAAGCCCAGGAGACACUAGAACACAUCCUAAUGACUCUGGUGUACGACCUUACACCCCACCACUGCCGAACAACUCCCUAAAUCCACCGAAUGCUAAUGGUGGCGGACUCGCUCUUCCAUUCUCGCCAAACUUCUCGUUUUCUCCAUUGCCGCAGUUUGCGAGCCUGGCGCCAUCACCGGUCUCGCGUACAGCGAAUCUCCACCAAAACCAGGAUAACAACCAUGCAAUCCACUUCGACCCUAUGCUGAGCAUGCCGACACCGUACGAACAACAUCCGACCCCCGGCGCAGGGAGCACAUCGGGCACAUCGGUACACACAGACCCUGACAGCAAGGACCCUUUCCUCAGCUUGCUGGAACAACUUGCCGAAAACGAGGUCAGCAGGGGCGGUCCAAGCGAGCUGGACUUUUUCUUGAGCGGACAGAGCACCUGAGCUUACUGCCGCUUGCGCCGAAAGCAAGAUGGCGAAGUAUGAACUCCCGCAAUAUCACAGCGGAUCCGCGGAACGACCGUGCCACGAUCAUCACAAGGGUUUAGAUUUGGUUGUGUCUUCAUUUCACAGUACAUUUUGUAGUAGCUUCGACAGCUAUCAUUUACGGCUCAUCAUCGACCGGCUUGGUCCGGUCCGGGGUCCUGCAACCAAAACCAGCGCGGCGCAAAACAGAAAGGGUCGUAACACAGGAAGGCUAGCUUCACAGCCUAGGAUCUACGGGAAACGAAUGUCACGACCGCCAUAUGUAAAAAUGUAUAAUAUCAUCAACAACAAUUAAGCAAGUGCUCUCAGAAGAGCAAUCGAUAGCAGCAAGUGCCGUCAGCUCCACAUUGACCAGACAAUCGUCAAACAAGUUCACACCACCUUGCGGACAAGGUACCGUUGAUUUCCUUAGACGCCCACACCAGAACC